UUGUUCGAAAGCUGGAGUGGUUGCAUCGUUUUGUCGGAUGCUGUGAGGCAGAAGUCUUGUUUUUGCCGUGAAAAGGGACAAAAGGUCCCUGCAAGGAUACUUUUGAGUGGAUUAUUCCAUGCUGUGUCGAUUUGGUGUGUGUGUGUGAAUUCCCUUUUCUCAGAGGAUUUAUUGUGUGUUUAGCAGAAGAAGCGCGCAUUUGCCUGAGCAACUAAGGUGCCAUCGCUGGUGUCAGGUGAUUAAUUUGCGUGCACGUGAUUGCGUCUGAGGACAGAGCGGUCAUGGGUGAGACGGAGGAGAAGGAGAAUGGGCCGAAUGAGGCGCAGGAGGGUGAGGAGCCCAAGGAGACUGACAAGAUGCUCAACAAGGAUGAUGCUGGCGCCAAGAAGAGUGACGAUGCGCCCACUGAGACGGCCACGGAGUCCGCGGAGACGGCGGUGAAUUCGCCGGAGAAUGGCGAGGAGAUUGUGAAGGUGGCGGAGGAGCCAAAGACAGAGCCGGCGAAGGAGGAGACGCCCGUGACGGCGGAGGGGCGAGAGGUGAAGCCGAAGAAGAUCCCAAUUGGGGGCAUCAAGAUGCCGGGCUUCUUCAUGCGCGCCAAGACGGCGGCCGGCAAGGAGGGCGAUGGGGCGGAUGGUGAGCUGCUGGAGACGAAGGAGAAGGACAAACCCACCGAGGACAACAUAAACAAUGAGAACAGGGCGAGAGGAGUGAAUUUCUUCAACAAUUUUCGCCUGCGGAAUCCAUUCAAGCGGCAAGCGGAUCAGCAGAAACUGGCAACGGAGAACGGAAGUGCCGAUCAGAAGGCAGAAGAGGAGAAGGUGACUGUGGAGGCGGAGGGCGCGAAGGAGGGCGCGGAGGAACCUGCCGAACAGUCUCAGAAGAGGCGACUACUGAAUGCCAUUAGAUUGCCACAGAUUAGCAACAUUCUGCCGAAAAGGCUGCGAUCGGGUGGAGCCAAUGACGAUGUGGAAUUGGGCAAUGGGCCACACAAUAAGGCCGGCCUGGCGUCCAUGGAGACCCUCGAUGACUCGACAAAAGAGCCAGAGUCCAAAGACACCACAGAUCGUGCCGCCGCCGUGAAGCCAGCAGAGGACGAUCUCGAGACUGUUAAGUUAGAUAGCAAAGAUGAGAAAGCACAGGACAAGGCCGAGGAAGCCGGCGCCGCGGACAAACCCAAGCCAUGGCUCGAGAGAAUACGAUCAUAUCAAUGUUCACUUGACGACUUUGCAAUAGUUGCUGGAAUUCUCGUGUUCCUCCUGCUCGUGGGCAUCAUCUGUGCAUUCACGUUCUCCGGCAAGACGGAGCUGACUUCGGCUCCCAUCAAGGACGGCCGAUAUGUGGAGGCGGUGACAUCGUGCGGACCCGUUGAGGGUCUCUACGACGACGGUGCUUUCGUCUUCAGGGGCAUUCCGUACGCUCAGCCGCCGGUGGAGGAGAAUCGCUGGCUCCCGUCGAAGCCCAUUGACAACAUUGACAACUGCUGGAAUGGCACUUUCCUGGCGCACAACAGCACGCCCGUGUGCCUGCAGCUGAUGGCCAAUGGCACAGUGGAGGGUGUGGAGGAUUGCCUCACACUCGACGUGGUCACUCCUCACGUGCGCUAUGACAAUCCACUGCCCGUGGUCGUGCUGAUCGGCGCUGAAUCCCUCUCAGGCGACUCUCCUGGCAAGAUGCGACCAUCCAAGCGCUAUGCUCGCGCUCGGGAUGUGAUCUUUGUGCGACCCAAUUUCCGCGUGGGAAUCUUCGGUUUCCUCACCCUGGACGCCCUCUCGCGCUCCGCUCAUCCGCCGAGGUCAGGAAACUACGGCUUGUCUGACAUAAUUGCCGCCCUGAAGUGGAUUCAGAUCAAUAUUGUGCACUUUGGCGGCGAUCCCAAGUCCGUCACGCUGUUUGGCCAUCGCGCCGGAGCCACGUUGGUGUCCGCCGUGGUGGCUUCGCCGCAGGCCAAGGAUCUCUUCCAUCGCUCCUGGAUCACCUCGGGAUCGGCCAUCUUCCCCGGGAAGUCGCUGCAGGAGUACGAGAGGGAGAAUCAAGUGCUCGUGGAGGCGGUGAAGAAGUGCACUGACGCCGCGUGCUUGCGCGGAUUGUCCGGCACGAGUCUCCUGGACGCCGUUCCGGACACUUGGCGUCGUGUGUCGCCGGAUCUGCCGUCGCGCACGGAGAACGCAUCCACGCGCCAUGAGUAUGUGUCUCUGGAUGGGGACAUUCUGCAGGAGCACGCGAUUGAUGUGUGGAAGAGGGACUUGACGCCGCUGAAGAUGGUCAUCGGCACCACGGCGCACGAGAGCCACUCGGAGAAGCUGUGGCUGAAGCACAAGGAGUGGACGCCGGAGCUGGUGAGGCGACAUGUGGAGGAGAGCGCCAUUGGGCAGCGCGGAUUGACGGAUGAGGCGCUCAAGAGAUACGGCGAGACGUAUCAGGGACUCGUGGCCAUGAUCUCAGACAUCCGGACAGUCUGUCCGCUCCUCACCGUUGCCAGAUCCCUCACUUCCGUGCCCUUCUACGUGGUCACCCAAGUGGCGGAGCCCAUCAAUGUGGCCGACGCCGAUGCCGACGUGCAAGCGAUCUUUGGCCGCUACGAGCCGCACACGCCCGAGCAGCGGCGCUACGUGUCGGCCAUCCAGCAGCUCUUCUACCACUACGUCUCCCACGGCGAGAUGAAGCAGUACGAAUCCCGGAGGCCCGUGUUCCUCAUCGGCCAGGACGCCCUCUCCGCCGAGGACUAUCCCAAUUGUGAUUUCUGGAUCGAGAAGGACGUGGUGCCGCGCUACGGCAGAGUGGACUAAGGAAGAGGAGUCACAGAGAGAGAGGCUUGGCGAUGUUUGAGAAGAACAGAGUUCAAUUUUUUGUGUCUGGACGGAAGAAGGGCAUUUUCCAACCAAUUCCCCAAUUUUUUACAUGACGAAAAAAGAGAGAAGUGAACAAUUCUUUUGAUAUAAAUAUUUAAGUAUAUAAUUGAGAUUUGUGUAAUUUUUUAUAUAUACAGAAAGAUAUAAAAAACACUUUUUUAUUUGGAAGAAAAUGAAGAGAAAAAUUCCAAAUUAGCGCAACAAAUGAUUCGUAAAGAGGAGAAUUUUUUUACACAACCAAAAUAUUCCGCAGUUUUAAUCUGUAAAACUCAAUGAAUCUUCCUUCAAGACAUCACAAUAUAUAUAUAUAUAUAUAUAUACGUAUAUUUGUCAUUAUAAAAGAAUUUUUCUAUAAGUGUUUAUAGAGGAUUUAUUGUGUAGACAAGAAGAAGAAGAAAAGUGACGAAAAUAUACGAACAAUAUUCAACUAACUAAAAAAAACUGCCCAUAAAAGUGUUUCACGGCGACUUUAAAGACUUUUUACAUGAUUAAAAGAAAUGAAAAAAAACAUAUUUAACUCAAUAGAAUAUUCAACAAAAUGAAAAGAAAUUAUUAAUAUGCAGUUAAACAGGUUUAAUCUCCACAAGUAAAAGAAGAUGAAAAGUGUUGAGGGAAACUUUUUCUAAAUUAUUCCUCCUUAGAAUAAAAAGAAGCGUAUUAAGAAUAAAUUGUCUAAACAGCAGAGCAAAGAUGUUAAUUUAAUUUAUUGUCCUCCAGAAAUUAAAUGUUUUCUUGUCUUUGUAAUUUAUAUAUUUUUUUUGCUAUAAAUGGCUGUAUUUUUAAACCUUUUUUUCUUAGUUCUCUCGCGAAAUAUACAAUUUUUCCGUAAAAUAGCUUUCUUAAGUGACAAAUUCACCAACCCACAGAGCUCUUAUAUAUAGUGUAUUUGUAUAAUUUAAAAGAAAAAACAAGAAGAGAAUGAUGA